CAAAAUGGAUUUCAUAUGAGUUGACUAUUUCUUCGUUAAACGUUAACAGGAAAAUGGCAACGCAACAAGUAUGUUGGCGUUUCUCUGGUUGGGAAGACAUUAGCAAUUAUGGGAUUUGGUAAGGUUGGUUCUGAAGUUGCAAGACGCGCAAAAGGACUUGGCAUGCAUGUGAUUGCACAUGACCCUUAUGCUCCAGCGGAUAGAGCACGUGCUAUUGGUGUUGAGUUGGUCAGUUUUGAUCAGGCCAUCUCCACUGCAGACUUCAUUUCACUCCAUAUGCCUCUAACUCCUACAACUAACAAGGUGUUUAAUGAUGAAACCUUUUCAAAGAUGAAAAAGGGUGUCCGCAUCAUAAAUGUAGCUCGAGGUGGUGUUAUUGACGAAGAUGCCUUAGUGAGGGCGCUCGAUAAUGGAACAGUUGCACAGGCGGCACUUGACGUGUUCACAGAGGAGCCCCCACCUAAAGAUAGCAAAUUAGUGCAACAUGAGAAUGUUACUGUUACACCACAUCUUGGAGCUAGCACAAAGGAAGCGCAGGAAGGAGUUGCUGUCGAAAUUGCCGAGGCAGUUGUAGGUGCACUGAGAGGGGAACUUUCUGCUACUGCAGUAAAUGCUCCUAUGGUUCCUCCCGAGGUCUUAUCGGAAUUAGCUCCUUAUGUUUCGCUAGCCGAGAAACUGGGUAGGCUAGCUAUACAGUUAGUUGCUGGAGGGAGUGGAAUUCAAUCUGUGAAGGUGGUCUACAAAUCAGCUAGGGAUCCAGAUAACUUGGACACCAGACUGCUCCGUGCCAUGAUAACAAAAGGCAUUAUCGAGCCUAUAUCUGAUUCCCAUAUCAACCUCGUCAAUGCUGAUUUCACUGCCAAGCAAAAGGGUCUCCGAAUCAGUGAGGAACGAGUUUUGGUGGACUCGUCAUCUGAGAAUCCCAUCGACUCGAUCCAGGUACAGGUAAGUAACGUGGAGUCAAAAUUUGCGAGUGCUUUGACAGAAAAUGGAAAUAUUAGCAUUGAAGGGAGAGUUAAGUACGGGAUACCUCAUCUAACAUGUGUCGGAUCAUUCGGAGUCGAUGUCAGUCUGGAUGGAAAUCUCAUAUUAUGCCGUCAAGUAGACCAACCGGGCAUGAUUGGAAGAGUCGGAAACAUCCUUGGAGAGCGAAAUGUGAAUGUGAGCUUUAUGAGUGUGGGAAGAACUGCUAAGAGGACAAAAGCCAUAAUGGCAAUUGGAGUAGAUGAAGAACCUGAUAAGGAUACACUUAAGAAGAUUGGUGAAGUGCCUGCAGUUGAAGAGUUCGUUUUUCUUGAACUUUAGAGAGAUCAUUUUCUUGGAAAUGUGUUUAAAGUCCAAACUUUGCUGUGCUGAUUUAGGUAAUCUUAUGGAGUAUCGAGAAUAAGAAGAGGCUACUCCGCAAGGAAGUGGCAGAUUCUUCGCGUCCGUGUCUGUUAUCGAUUCACCCUGAUCGUAAUGAAGGUUAUUAUAAUUGUUUUUGGUAGAUUGAUGCAUAUUAUGGUUUCAUAUUUUGUUGUCAUUGUUGAGGGUUAGAAGUUGUAGCUAUGGAAUGCAACUUCAUGCUUGCGUUAAUUUAAGAAGUUGAACGUUUUGGAUUUGGUGAAAUACUCUUUAGACCAAGUUGUUUAAAUAUUACUUUGCACAUUGAGAGAUUUUUACUUUUUCCUUUGA